CUUCUUCCUCAGCGGUCGCUGCCUGAGGCGCCACCGCCCUCCCGCCUGCCCCGGCCCGGCGCGGGCAGCGCCCGCCUUGGCCCUCGGCCGGUAGCGCGGCCCGGAGCCGUGGCUCGUCUCCAGGGCGCUCGGCCGGGAGGAAGGCCAGCCGGGUAGCUGGGGUCACCUAAAACGGCUCCUGAGGAGAGGGACUGGGGCGAGAAGGGGUUAAGAUAAGAACGAGGGAAAAAAGAGAAUUAGGAGCAGGAGGUGUGGGUAAAACAGUCCGGGAGACUUCAGUCAACAGCCUUCAGUGUGGAGAGAGAGAGAGAGAGAAUGCCUCUGAGGGAACAGCGGCCUGGGAGGAGCCAGGCUGCAAAGAGGCGUACAGGGACUCGCCAACGUCUUCGACUUUGAGGCGUAGGAUACAAGUCAAGACAAAACGUUACAGCUGAGGCUGAGGAGUCCCUAACGUUUUCCUGAUCAAUGGAAAGCUGUGCUCUGAGCUACACUACCUACAACAAAAAAGCUAGUCAGACAUUGUUGGUGUCUUCCCAAGAUCAUGAGAAGCUGUGUAGGGUUCAACAUGUAUUUGCAUACAAAUGUAUGUCUUGUUUGUUACAGUAUUUAUCCAAAUGUGUUGUUGGGGCAUCACUUGAAAGCAUAGGAGAAGAGGAGGAGAAAGAUGAAAAUGAUUCAGCUGCUGAAGUUUCUAGUAGAGCAAAGGAGGGAGUCUACCAAAUAGUGGGUACCCUUUCUGAACCAGAGAGUUCUAAACCAUGUUUUGCAGAGGAAGCAUACGCAGUCUCUUCUCGAGAAGAGCUCUUAAGCCACUUGCUUGAGUGUGAGAUUGUGUUAUAUAAUAUCACUGAGGAUGCAAAUCAAAUUGAGGAAGCAACAUGGGCUGCUUCUGCCCUACAUACGGAAAUGGAGCAUUUUGCAACACCAAAGUUAUUCAUUCUCAUUUCAACAAUAAUGAGCUGGGCAAAAAGCAAGCUCCCUGAUCCUGAAGAUCCUGAGAUUCCUUUUACUGAUGAAGAUUAUCGCAGAAGAAAAUCUCAUCCUAACUUUAUGGAUCACAUAAAUGCUGAAAAACUCAUUCUCAAACUUGGGAAAACUAACAAACAUAAAUUUCCAACUUAUAUUGUUGCCUCAGGACAUCAAUAUGGAGCUGGGGAAGGAGUCUUACAUUACUUUUUUAAGAUAGGUUGGCUUAGUGAGACUCCUGCAAUGCCUGUUUUUGGAGAUGGAAACAAUUUUAUUCCGACCAUUCAUGUUCUUGAUUUAGCAGCCGUGUUACAAAAUAUAGCAGACCACCGGCCAAGGUUUCACUAUAUACUUGCAGUAGAUCUAUCUAUGCACACUCUUCAAGAAUUAAUAAAGUGUAUCAGUAAAAAUGUUGGACCAGGAAAAAUUGAGAUGAUUCCAAAAGAAAACGCAUUCCUGAGCAAAGAGUUAACACAAAUGCAUUUGGAUAUGUUGCUUGUGAACCUGCGAAUGGAAUCUAUGUUUCUGAAAGAGACUUUCAACAUUAAGUGGGUUGCUCAGGCAGGACUGGUGGAGAACAUUGAACAAAUCGUCAAUGAAUACAAGCAAAGUCGAGGAUUACUGCCUCUCAAAGUUUGCAUUCAUGGUCCUCCUGGGGUUGGCAAAUCUACCAUUGCUGAAGAGCUCUGCAAACACUACAAGCUACAUCACAUUAAGAAAAAUGAUGUGAUUUCUGAAACAAUAGCAAAUCUGGAGAAAAUUGUGGCUUCUAAAGAACUGGACUCUGACAGUAUGAGAGAAGAGGGACUAAGUGAUGAAGAGGAGGAAGGUGAAAAUGUAGAAGCAGCACAUGAGUUAUUAUCUAGAAUAAAAGAAAGGAUGGAGCAGAAUGCAGGUUGUCUAGAUGAUCAGUAUGUUAUUAAAUUUAUGAAGGAUAAGCUCAAAUCUAUGCCUUGUAGGAAUCAGGGAUAUAUUUUAGAUGGGUUUCCAGAGUCCUAUGACCAGGCAAAAGAUCUUUUUAAUUUGGAAAGUGAAAAUGAAGAAGGAAUAAAAGGCAAAAUACCUAAAUGUGAUGAAUUAAUCACACCUGAAUUUGUUAUUUCUUUGAGCGCAUCUGAUGAAUUCCUUAUAAACAGAAUAAUACAUCUGCCAGAGAGAAUUGUUGCUGGAACUCAUUAUACCCAGGACCGGUUCCUGCAAUCUCUGAAUCUCUUCAGAGAGUUAAACACAGAUGAUAAGACUGUUCUCAACUAUUUUGAUGAACUUGAAAUACAUCCUCAGUUUAUUGAUGUAGCCAAAUUUGAAGACCCCGAGAACAGAUUUAUUGUAAAAGAGAUCAUCAAAGAAAUUGGGGAACCUCGGAAUUAUGGUUUGACAGAUGCAGAAAAGGAGAAUUUGGAACGCAAAGCAGCUGAGGACCGCCUUCUCAAAGAAGCUCAAGAAAAAGCUGAACGAGAGUGUAAAGAGGCAGAAGAAAGAGCUGAAAGGAUGGCAAAUUGGGAAGAGUGGAAUAAACAUCUGGAGGAGGUGAAAAGACAAGAACAAGAGUUAUUGGAGGCCCAGUCUCUUCCACUACGGAACUAUUUAAUGAAGAAUGUCAUGCCAACACUUAUGCAAGGGAUAAAUGAAUGCUGUAGGAUCAGGCCAGACGAUCCAGUUGAUUUUCUGGCAGAGUAUCUCUUCAAGAACAGUACUGAUAUCGAAUGAGAUAUAUAUUAAAUCCUAACAGCUGUAGAUAUUGUGAAGUAGAAAGUGAGAACAUUCCUAAUGGAUUUUAAAUAAAAAUACUUAGUUUCUGAAUUUACUUUUGUUUAGGCUUAUUGUGUAAUCUCCGUUUUAUUUCUCAUACUACUACUACAUUUAAUAUUCCUUCUGCAAAAGUACCAUUUACUGCACGUACUGAUCGAUACAGUUACACAUCUGUAUUGUAUGUCUCUGAAACUGAACAAUAAGAAUGCCUUCUUUCUACAGAAUUGUGUUACUGGACUUUUUCGGCUACAUAUUCUA